AACCUCUUGCCACACUCUGCUCUCCUCAUGACCUGGUGUGAACUUUGAGGUCUUAGUCUUGUCUGCCUCCCAGUGGACCACAUUUGCUUUGGUCCAUGGCCCCCUUCCUCCGGGCAUCUACCUGGACUCAAGUCCUCCUGGGAGGUUCUCUCUGGAUAUCUGUUCUCUGGGUACUGUUGUGCCCUGUCUGUUGUUCCCAGGGCCCACCCAAAUGGCGCUUUACUACCUCUGAAGUUGUGAUCCCCAGGAAGGUUCCCCAAAGAAUGGGUGGAAGUGAUAGGCCAGACCAGCUCGCCUAUAGCAUGCACUUCAGAGGACAAAGACACGUGGUCCACAUGAAACUCAAGAAGAACAUGAUUCCUGAAAAUCUUCCUGUAUACACUACUAAUGAUCAAGGAGCAGAGCAGGAGGACUACCCAUUUGUUCCUCGAGACUGUUACUUCUACAGCUACCUGGAAGGGGUCCCUGGGUCCCUCGCUACACUAGAUACCUGCAAUGGAGGUCUGAAUGGCAUGCUACAGGUGGAUGACUUCACUUAUGAAAUCAAACCAUUGGCAUCUUCUUCCAAAUUUGAGCAUGUUAUUUCUCUGCUUGUGGUAGAAGGGUUUCGUAAGUCUAAAAAGUGUACCAAUGAAGAGAAUGUGGUGGAGGCAGAUGAAUUCCUUAAAGAGAUGGAACUUACUGGAAGUCCCAGAGCAGCUCCGGUGUAUUUGUGGCGUGUGCAUAUGAGAUUAGUAAGAAUGUACUACACGAUAACUAUUGAAGUAACCAGACACAUCCGGAACUACACCGCCUCACUUGAGUUAAUACUGAUUAUGAACAACAUAGCACACAGCAUUUAUAAACAAGCCGGCUUAACUGUCUAUCCCUAUAUUAUACAAAUUUGGGAAACUCAUAAUGGACUGGAUAUAAACCAGUGGCAAAAUAAUCCUCAACAACUUAUGUCACAGUUUGGCUCUUACAAAAAUACCGAAUACGAGGGGAGGAAUGAUAUGCAACCCACCACGUAUGCCCUUUUAGCAGGAAUAAAGUACGGCGGUUUAGAUUACGCAGUCCUGCAGAAUAGAGCGUGCUCAAGAACUAAAGGAGUAAUCAUUGUAUAUGUGACAGCCUCGCAUAGAUUUCUGAGUGCAACUCUUUUGUGUCAUGCACUAGGUCACAGUCUGGGUUUACACCAUGAUACACCGGGCUGUGUUUGUUUCAGAAGAAGCAGUUGUGUCAUGAAUGAAUUUCCUGCUCUAAUGGAUAUGAUGAGCAAUUGUUCCCAGGCUGACCUACACAAUAUAGUUAGUAAAGUCGAAAAUUGCCUGACUUACCCUCGUGCUCAAUAUUAUACAGAACGAUAUGAAGUUCCUCGCUGUGGAGAUAACAAGGUGAGUGACAGUGAGCAAUGUGACUGCGGCUCCUUGAAAGAGUGCGUCAAUAACAGCUGUUGUACAACCAAUUGUCGCUUUACUCCGGGAAGUAGUUGUGAUGCAGGACGUUGCUGUCAGCAAUGUUCAUUUGCACCCGCUGGAACUAUGUGCAGAGACAAACUUGGUAUUUGUGAUCUGCCAGAAUACUGUGAUGGAAACACAAAGAAUUGCCCCGAAAAUUUUUACAUCCAGGAUGGAACUCCCUGCUCACCACUAGCAGUUUGCAUGUCAGGAAAUUGCAGUGACCGUAAUUUGCAGUGUCAAGCUCUUUUUGGAUACCAAGUAAAGGAUGCAAAACCAGCAUGCUACAGACAGUUAAAUACGAAAGGUGACCGAUUUGGAAACUGUGGGGAGAAGUUGGUUCGAAUAGGAAGCAGAUUGCAUGCAUGUGAAGAUGACGAUAUUUAUUGUGGACUGCUGCAUUGUGAUGGUGUCAUUCGUGUACCUGGUGGAGGUGAGCACACCACAUUUCAUCACAUAAGGAUACAAGACAUUCAGGAAGAAUACUGCUUUGGGUAUGAUGUACACCAUGGGACAGGUGUUCCAAAUAUGGGGCUUGUAGUGGAUGGUGCAACCUGUGGCCCAGGGAAAUACUGUAGAGCACAAUCUUGUGUUUUUCAUCAAAACUUGAAUUUCACAUGCGACGUCGCUAACUGUAAUCACAGAGGGGUGUGUAACAACAGAGGCCAUUGUCACUGUGUGCAUGGUUGGCAACCACCAAACUGUGAAGAAGAAGGUUCAGGUGGUAGUGUAGACAGUGGCCCUGUGCCUACCUCUGAGGAAAUGCUUCGAGCCAAAAUACGUGUGAAUAUAAACAAGAUACUAGUUGUUUUGUGUACUCGUAUGAUUCUUGUUUUGGCUUCACUUAUUUUUGGUGGAAUUUCAAAAGCAGUAAUUUUUCUGGACAGCAGACGGAGAGCUCCUCGUGAAUGAUCAUUGAUUUCAUCCCAUACUAACUGGAGUCACACAACGAACAAAAUCCUUGUUAAAUACUACAAGAAAUUGUCAAUGAUUUCCCCUGAUAGCCAUGUAACCAUUCACAAAUCUGAGGUUUUCAUCUUGAAAUAAAAUUACGGGGGAAUUAUAA